AUGGUGCAGAGAACCACGGUCUGCUCUGAAAAGCUUCACAAACAGGUGGGGGUUUUUAAUACACUCUGCUGUUGUCAAAGGCACUCGGUUAGGGCAGGGCAGGCCUGAAUGUCCCUGAAUGCCUUCCCCUGGUAACAGCCCUGUGCCCUGGAAAAGCUGCCCCUUGUUUCUGUGUCUGUAGGGGAGCCAUGCUCAACUGAAGCAGCUUCUCUCCAAAUUGAUAUGCAGCUAUAAAAAGCAGCCUCCCCCCUUCAGGUGUCUCUAUUUUGGGCUCUGUUUAGCAAGUCAAAUGUUCUCCGGCUGCUUCAGCAUCCUCUCUUCUCUCGACUGCUGCUGCUGCGAAACGGAUUGCGCUUCUUAACAGCAAUCGUAACAUCUCUGGAAAGGCGUAGUAAGUGUGAGCACUAAGAAUUGACCGUGUACAGUACUAUGCUUCUGAUUUCAUCUCCAUCCCUAAAAGCAAGGAUAACUCCCCUCAAUAUCCAAUUGCCAAGUGUAAAGGUGAUGCAUGGGGGGUGGGCGGACAAAAACCAAACCUUUAAUUUCACUGCCAGUUCAGACCCCAUGAGGAACGAGACCUGAGGGUCAUAGUGGAUAGCUCAAUGAAGAUGUUGACCACUGUGGAAAAGGCAAAUUCCAUGCUAUGCAAGCUCUUCUUGUCUCUUUUUCUUAAAUAAUAAAUAUUUUUUUGUGUUGGGAGGGGGUAGCAAUAUUUUACAACAGAUUUGUUUUGUUUUAUAAAUAUCAGGAUAUUGGCCUUGAUGCCUUAUUAUGAUAGUCUCACUUAAAGCUGAACAGUUAGUAAGAAUUCCAAAUAGCAGCAUGUUUCGCACAUAUCCUAAUUAGUAUGCAUUAAAAAGUAUCUUCAUAACGUGCAUUGGAAGUAUAUGUGCAAUGCAUACAUAAAGCACACAUCCACACUAUGUAAAUACACCACACACACAAACAAUUAGAAAUAAUUAAUUUAAAUAGAAACAUAAUACAUCUUGCCCUAGUGGGACGGGCAGUGACCCUGUGCACCUGCUUAUUCUCCUGCCCAGGUGUAAAGCUGUUGAUGGGUGAUUCACAGGCCUCCCUCUGUUCUUAUUACCCUUUUAUCUUUUAACUGACUUGGACCAGACACCUCUUCCGAGAGUGGAUGCCUUCCAAGAAGGGACUGUCUGCUCACUGCCUUCAGUUCUCUAGAAAGUAGGAUACUUUGCCAUGCUACUGCACAUUCUGUUCCAAGUUGCCACCUGCUUCCUUUGGGACAAAUCCUCUCCUUUGCGCAAUUAGACAAACCUCAUUGCAGCUUGAGACUCCUGCAAAGGCUGAGGCUCCCCCCCGCCCCUGUACACAAUGCAUGUCUGAAACAGGGUGUGCCUUAAGUAAACUCGCUGUAACAGUUUCCCAUUGAGAGAGGGAAAGACCCAGCAACCAACAGAUUACACUGGUAUUUAAUAUUGCACAAGAUAACAGCUACUACAACUCAGACACAAUGAACAAUGCUGUGGAUAGGCAAUUACAAGGAGGGAAUGGGCUGGCAGAGUUGGUUGAGGAGGCACCUGCUUUGCAGGCAGAAAAUCCCAGGUUCCGUUCCUGGCAUUUCCCAAGCUAAAAAUAACAACCAGGUUAAUGGGAAAGACUAUUGCCCUGCAGAGCUGCUGGUGGUCAGACCUGCCGAACCUGGUGCCCUCCAAGCAUCAUUGGACUACAAUUCCCAUCAUCCCUGAUCAUUGGCUGUGCUGAUUGGGGCUGAUGGGAAUUGGAGUCCAACAACAUCUGGAGGGCACUGGGUUGGGAAAGGCAGGAACUGUCAUGCAAGGAACUUAAGAACCGGACCAUUGGCCCAUCUAGUCCAACACUGUCCACACUGAUUGGCAGCUGAUCUCCAGGGUUUCAGACAGAGAUCUCUCUUAGCCCUACCAGGAGAGGCCGGGGGUUGAACCUAAUGUCUUUUACAUCCCACUAAGUCACAGCUUUUCCUCCCAAAGCGUCAUCCUUUUUGGCUUUUGCUUCUGCAUUUGUUUUUUGUAAAAAUGAUGGCUGCUUGGGCUUCCUUUCAGAAGGAACAGUGCAGUACAAACAGAAUGAGGAUGGUGAAUGUUGAAAUACAGUGGUACCUCGUGUUAAGAACUUAAUUCGUUCUGGAGGUCCGUUCUUAACCUGAAACUGUUCUUAACCUGAGGUACCACUUUAGCUAAUGGGGCCUCCCGCUGCCCCCGCCACGCAAUUUCUGUUUUUAUCCUGAAGCAAAGUUCUUAACCUGAGGUACUAUUUCUGGGUUAGCAGAGUCUGUAACCUGAAGCGUCUGUAACCUGAAGCGUAUGUAACCUGAAGCGUCUGUAACCCGAGGUACCACUGUAAAUGAGAACACAAGAACGUAAGGACGACAUCGUGAAUCAGCCCAAUGGCCCAUUUAGUUCAGCAUCCUGUUCUCAGUGUGGCCACCCAGAUUCCUGUGGAAAACUCCCAAGCAGGACCUGAGCACAUGAGCCCUCUCUCUUUCUGCAGUUUCCAGCAACUUUGCCUCCGACGGCGGAGGUAGAACCUUUAGUAGCCAUGAGGCUGAAUAAUGAAGAGAAGCUGAUUUGGAACAGGCAGAGACCUGGGAGCUGAAGCAUACGGUAUUGUAAGGACAGGGCAGGAAUUCCUUCUUUUUGCUUUUUUGCUCAUAGAGUUGGAAGGGAUCCCAAGGGUCCUCUAGCCCAACCCCCUGUGUGGGAGCCAGGAAGUCAUGAAAAAGGCUUGUAGCGCCACCUGGUGCCUCGCUGACCUCAGUGACCUGCAUGUCCGUGCCUUGCAGUGUAUUAAGUGCAUAGCCUUAUAUGGAGUUAUGUUCCCCCUCUGGGCAGUAAUAACCCUAUAUGGCGAUGGGCGGGUUUAAGCCAUGACCGGAUGUAGGUAAUGUGAGACAUUGGCAAACGGCCAUGCGAGAGGAGAGAACAAAGGAUAAUAAAAGUUACGGGAGAGAAGAGAAGUUCGAAAGGAGCUGCUCAUACCAUCCUGAAAAUAUUGCUGGCUCUCUGUGUCUUUAUUUUAUGCUAAACUGCGCCAUUUGUGACGGCUGGCUCCGACACCCCUGCAAUGCAGGAAUCUCAGCUAAAGCAUCCAUGACAGAUGGCCAUCCAACCUCUGCUUAAAAACCUCCAAGGAAGGAGAGUCCACCACCUCUCGUGGGAGUCUGUUCCACUGCCAAACAGCUCUUACUGUCAUAAAGUUUUUCCGAAUGUUUAGUGGGAAUCUCCUUUCUUGUAACUUGAAGCUGUUGCCUCAAGUCCUACUCUCAAGAGCAGAAGAAAACAAGCAUGCUCCCUCCUCCAUGUGACAGCCCUUAAGAUAUUUGAAGAUGGCUAUCAUAUCUCCUCUCAGACUCCUCUUUUCCAGGCUAAACAUACCCAGCUCCUUCAAGCGUUCCUCGUAAGGCUUAGUUUCCAGACCCUUGAUCAUCUUGGUUGCCCUCCUCUGCACACCUUCCGGCUUGUCAACAUCCCUCUUAAAUUGUGGUGCCCAGAAUUGGACCCCAUAUUCCAGGUAUGGUCUGACCAAGGCAGAAUAGAAUGGUACUAUUACUUCCCUUGAUCUGGAUACAGAUCAAAAAAUGUACCCCCCCCAAAAAAGAGAGCAUUUUAUAUUAGGAUGCCCCAAAUAAUGUGGAUAUGAGCGAAACCAAUAUACAAAAAACAAAGGGCACAUAAACUGGGGAGGGUCAUAGGUCAGUGGCAGAGCACCUGAGAUGCAAGCUGAAGGUCCCCAAUUCAAUCCCCAGCAUCUCCAGGCUGGAGCUGGGAGAAAACCCUGCCAGAAACCCUGGAGAGCUGCUGCCAGUCAGUGUAGGCAAUACUGAGCUAGGUGGACUUAUCAUAAGCCAUCCUCCUGUGUUCCUUUGUUGCUGCUCUAUACUCCCACCUUUCCACGGCUGCUUGCCUAAAUUGGCAGCUCCUCUCCUCAGCACCCCUGCACUUUCUAUUUAUACUGACACACGUUUGCCACAAAGAAAGCUGAUACCCAUCAUGUUUCAUUCAAUGGCACAUCUUCCCUGGAAAGAUGCAGGCUAAAUUUAUCAUCUUCAUCCUCCUCUGCAAAGCACAACAAUUGGGGGACAUUCCCCAUGCAAACCAGGAUGCUGGUGAGAGAAGGAAGCAUCUUGCCUUUGUCCACAACUCCCAAAAUAAUGCAAGAUGGGCCACAACCUCAAAUGUCUUAAGGCUUAGCAGGGGAAGCUCAUGACAUGGAUGGGCAUCGACCACAAACCUUAAGACCGAGAUACCGUCUUUCCCCCAGACAUAGAAAGCAGCACGAUACUGAAUCAGACUCUUGGUCCAUCUAGCUCAUUAUUGUCUACACUGAAUGGCAGUGCAUUAUUUCAGACAAGAGGCAUUGCCAACCCUACCUGGAGUGUUGAGGAUAGACCCUGGGACCUUCUGCAUGCAAAGCAGAUGCUCUACCUCUCAGCCACAGGCUUCCACCCCAGAAAAUAUGUUUAUUGUCAUGGGCUGGUGGGACAUAGAGGAAUGGUGGGAGGAACCAGCUGGGGAACCCCCAAGGGAAGGAGGCUCAGAGCCAGGAGAUUGGUGGUGGGAUGACGAUGUGUGGUCAGAGGGAGAAGACUGAAAAGAGAAGGUGCCGGAAGCUGAAGAAGCAACAGGGCUCAGCGAUCUGGAACAGUCCGUGGUAGAGUGAAGUCCAUAAUGAGAGGCAGAAGCUGAAGCAGGAAGCCAAGCGGCAGAGAGGGGUAAGGCUUGUGUGGAGUCACAGGUGUUUCCCCCUCCCCUCCCCCCUCAUCUCCCAGGACUAGGAGAGGCAUGAAGUAGGAGGAGCAAAAACAGGCAUGCAGGUGCGCUCUCCGAUUGCUUGGGGGGGGCGAACCCUGGAGAGGAGGGGACAUAGCUAGCUGUGCAGGGGUGGGAACCUUUAAUCUCGACAACUGUUUCAUGGGGGAAAGACCUGAAUUGCUGCGUUCAUUAGGCCUGACACUCCUGUGCAGAUCCUAUUUUGCUAUUAAAGAGUUAACUCCAACUUGCUCUGUGUGAUUUACUGCUGGCUCGCUCCUAUCAUUCAUAGUAUCAUGUUGGGCUUCUUAUUCAAAUAACUAAAUAUGAAAUAAAAGCGGCACAAAGCAUGAACAGGACUAGCAGGAUCCAGGUUCAAACCCCUACAUGGCCACAAAACUAACUAGCUGAAUCCUUGGCCUGUAAUCACACUUCAUAGGGUUGUUGUAAGAGUAAAAUAGGGAGAACUAUAUUAUGUCACCUUGAUCUCAUUCAGUGAAAGGCAGGAUAGAAAUGGAAUAGAUAGGGAACACAUAGAGAGCCUAUGCCAAGCUGGUGCCCUCCAGACGUUUUCAACUACAAUUCCCACCAGCCCCAUCCACGAUGGAGGGUGCCAGCUUGGCCAUAGAGUGGCCUUCCAUGAAAACCUUCCAGGUUUUCAUGGAAGGCUUGAAGGGUACACUGAUCAAGAAGCUAACACAAUAACUUCAUUGUCUCCAGAACACUGACAGGAAACGCCUGACUCCACCUAGAUGCAACUUGCGCCACCUAGUGACAAACUAUCCAAGAUGGUUAAUUUUCCAGGCAAAGGGACAAAAAAAAAAUGGAGGAUGACCAGGAAACAGGGGACAGGUUCGGUUGUGUGUGUGUUUUUUACUCUACACUUAAGUCAUUGUAUAGAAGAGGGUUCUUUAAAUAGUAAAGCCCAUUAUAUUUGAGAGGCCUCUUGUGCUUUUCCCCAAGGCGUUUGCCCUAAAGUCCUUCCCUGAUGGUGCUACUGGUAGUGACCCUGGUUGAAGCAAACAGUAUAAAUUCUGUUUGAUCUUCCUUGACGCAAGGAGAUAUCCGUGGAUGGCCAGGAGAGAAGAGCUUUGUGUCUUGAUUUACACAAGCUUAAUCUUGUCUAUUCAUCUGUAAGUCCUGUAGAUUCCAAUGGGGUUUACUCUGAGGUUAAGUGAGUUUAGGGAUGCAGGCACUGCAGAGCAAUGAAUCAGUAGCUGAACCCAGGUGGGCUCUUUACUCUGGCUUGGCUAACACCCUGAGCCUUGCUUGAAGGCAUUCACCUCUGGCAGAACUGCUAUUAAGUAGAUUAUCCAAAGGAGGCACAAAGCAAGGAGACAGAGCAGCCUGAUGUGGCUUGUAAAUCUCCCCAGCAAAACUAUCUAGGCCUGGGGCUUUUUACCUCACAGAGUAUUUGUUUGAUGUGCUCCUGCUUUCUUCUCUUCUGGUUUUGGUCCUGCUGCCAUUUCUCCUCCUUCCUACAGGGGAUGGUGCUUCCAUGUUUAUGUCACUGUUACGCCAUCCUUUCCUCUUGGGGUCUGCUUUCACUUCCACUUUGUACCUUCUCAUUUUUUUUAGGCAAUUGGCUGGCGGUUUCCAAAUUCAGAGUACACUUGGCCUAAAUAAAUACUGGGCAUCUUGCCAGUUCCUGAUUCAUCGAAGUACCUCUAUUUUAAUGUUAUUAUGCACCUCCCUCAGGAGUGGGGAACCUUUUACAGCCUGAGGGACGCAUUCCUUUCUGGACAACCUUCUAGGGGCCACAUGCUAGUGGUGGGUGGGGCCAGAAGUGGAUAGAGUUAUGACCAUGGGUAGGCAAACUAAGGCCCGGGGUCUGAAUCCAGCCCAAUCGCCUUCUAAAUCCGGAAUCAGCGUAUUUUUACAUGAGUAGAAUGUGUCCUUUUAUUUAAAAUGCAUCUCUGGGUUAUUUGUGGGGCAUAGGAAUUCAUUCCCCCACCCCCCAAAAAAUAUAGUCCAGCCCCCCACAAGGUCUGAGGGACGGUGGACCGGCCCCCUGCUGAAAAAGUUUGCUGACCCCUAUGACCAUAAACUUCAUUUUUGUAUAGUAAGCUAGUUUCUACAUGCAUACACACAAACACAAAUCUCUGUCCUCCAAUCAGACAAGCAAGAGUCACCAUCAGAGCCCAAAAACACAUUCCAGUCAGGAAAAUGUAUGUCAGCCAUGAUUCCUGAACAGUUCUUAUAAGAAAACAAGGAAAUCUACUAUACGGCCACUGUGAGAACAGGAUGCUGGAAUAGAUGGGCCACUGGUCUGCUCCACCAAGUUUUUCUUGUCUUAUCUAAGCAGGACUGGUGAUAAGAAGGAUAUUGACAAGCUGGAAUAUGUGCAGAGGAGGGCAAUCAAGAUGACCAAGGGUCUGGAAACCAAGCCUUGAAGGAGCUGGGUAUGUUUUUCCCGAUAAAGAGAAGACUGAGAGGAGAUAUGAUAGUCAUCUGAAGAUCCUUUGUUAAAGCUCAGUGUAUUUUACAAGUUGAUAAAUGUGGCUACUGGAAGGUUUCGCAGAAUGGAAUCUGGAGCUUGAACUGAAAAAAGUUCCCCACCUUUCUGCUGCAUGAUCCUGAGUUUAAGUUUCAAGAAGCGACAGAUACCUUCGCACAAAUGGAGCAUCUUUUUCUUAAUGGUUCUAUCACAUGCAAGAGUUCUGUUCACCACCAGGUGGAGCAGGUCUGCUUCUCACUCUUCUCUAGUAGCAAAAUAAUAGAUGCAAUAUUUUCUGGCUGCGGUAAUGGAGGGCUGGGAGAUGAUGGAAAUUCCUGCUGGAUCCUGAGGUCAGUUGACAUACAGGCUGACCGCUCCCUGCACUCAAACUGAAGUAACCUCCAGCCCAGUUUCUCCAUCUUCAAAUGUUUGGAGAAGAGACUUGUUUAUCAAAACAUUAUUCAUUGCGAAACUAGAUCCUGUGGUAAGCCACAGCAAACACAGGUGGCAGCUAAAAGCCUCUGCUUCAAAGGCUCUCACUAUAAUAACAAUUACAGAGAAAGAGGCCACAUUACCAACUUGAAAAAUACCUUGAGCCUUAACAAAAGAUCUUUGGUCAGCUGAAAUGCAAGCCUUAGCUUUUAAUUUAGAAGUACAAACCAUAUUGCAAUGAAGGCUCGCCAUUUAAACUGUUAGCAUGACAUAGAAACCCCAUCAAAGGAAAGGACAGAAGUACCUAGCCUCUGCUUGAUCAUUUACCUCAUUCGUGUCGUUAUGAUCUUAAUGAAAAUGUUUUUUUACAAUCUUGUGGCAUAUCUAUUUUAUGAAAUGAAAGCAUUUUGAUUUAUAGCUUUGAUUUUCACCCACCUUUCCUUUGAGGAACAAUGUAACAACCCUGUGAGGUAGGUUAGGCAGAGAAAUGGUAGCGAGCCAUUGGGGCUCGUGAGGGAUAGGAACGCUGGUCUUUCCCACAAUACUCCUGCUGCCAUCCCACACUUGUGAUUCAGUGACAUGGCAAAGCUGCAUCUGGCCAGCACCACCACAAACAAGAAGCAGGGCUUCCAUCAAAUGUCCCAUAAGACUAAAGAUUCCACUACACAGAAAACUAGGAAUUAGGGUAGCCACAUGUCCCAAUAUACAGAGGAUGGACCUCUGUUUAGGGGUACCUUUAAUGCUGAGGUUAGUAACAUGGAACCUGUGAGCACCAAAGUGUCCUAUGACGGUGUGGUGUAGUGGUUAAGAGCGGUAGAUUCGUAAUCUGGGGAACCGGGUUCGUGUCUCCGCUCCUCCACAUGCAGCUGCUGGGUGACCUUGGGCCAGUCACACUUCUCUGAAGUCUCUCAGCCCCACGCACCUCACAGAGUGUUUGUUGUUGGGGAGGAAGGAAAAGGAGAAUGUUAGCCACUUUGCGACUCCUUCGGGCAGUGAUAAAGCGGGAUAUCAAAUCCAAACUCUUCUUCUAUGACAUCUCCAUGUUGCACCCCGAGUGUGAAUUUCUCCUAAUAGACACGUUUUUGUAUGUAAUUUUGCCUCAUGCAGACAAUUUUGCAAUGUAGUUUUCCUAAAAAGAAUGCAUUUAUGUGAGUUAUUUUCACCAACAUAUGCUCUUUUAUGUACGCUUUACCCUAGUAAGUGCCUUUUUGUACUCAUUACCUGAAUCAUAGAAUUGUUGAAUUGUAGAGCUGGAAGGGGUCACGAGGGACAUCUAGUCCAACUUGCUGCAAUUCAGGAAUCUUUUGCUGAACGUGGGGCUCAAACCCACAACCCUGAGAUUAAGAGUCUUAUGCUCUACUGACUAAGCUAUCCGAGCACUUCAUCGCAAAAACUGAAAAAGUGUGAAUUUCAAAGGACGGCUGAAUUUUUGUUCCCAUCUUGUUUCACAAUGUGCUAAUUCAGUAAGUUCAUCGUUAAAUGCAAAAUGAAUUGAAUUUCUCCUCCACCCCUGACUGAAUCUGCACGUACACACAGCAAUCUCAGCGAAACCUAAAUGCACUUCCUUCGUAAUUCUAAAUGUCAAAACAUCUCCUCUCUUUUCUCCCACCAUGCAUGCUGUCUCAAGUGGGGUCAGGAAAAGAACGGUCAGUAACCUGGGCCUUGCAAUGAUGCAGCCAGAUGCUUCUGAACUGAUUUAUUGGGAUCUGAUAAGCAAUGCUUUAAAAAAUUCUUUUAUUCCAUAAGAUGAUGAUGAAGAAGAAGAAGAAGAAGAAGAAGAAUUACCGUACUUUUCCAUCUAUAAGAUGCCCCCAUGUAUAAGAUGCCCCCUAUUUUUGGGGACCGAAUUUUCAGAAAAUGGGAGGAGAUGGCAAAAAGUUGUUGUACUUUUUUUUUUUUGGCAGAGAAUGACCCAGAGUUAAUGAGUUUUUUUGGGGGGGGGGUCACCAAGGGUUGUUGAGCUUUUUUUAGGGGGGGGAUGCAACAAAUGCAUCGCAAAAUCCAUCUCCGGUCUGUCCCCUCACCAACAGAACUUGCCAAUCACCCGCCCAAUUGCUGCAGCGUCGGCCAAUCAACCACACCCACUGAGGCAGCAACCAAUAACACGCACAAUAGCUGUUGACAGCCGCAGGGGAAACCAUUCAAACGUUCACCCUAUGAUACCCAUGUAUAAGACGACCUCCACUUCUUUGCAUGAUUUUUAAGGGGGGGAAACCUUGUCUUAUACACAGAAAAGUACGGUAUAUACUGCCCUUCAUCUGAAGACCUCAGAAGCUUCACAAGAUAAGAAGAGCUUGCUGGAUCAGGCCAGUGACCCACCUAGUCCAGCAUCCUAUUCUCACAGUGGCCAACCAGAUGCCAACAGGCAGGAUUUGAGCACAAGAGCAAUGCUUGCCCUUCCUGUGGUUUCCCGCAACUGAUAUUCAGACACAUUGCUGCUGCCUCCAGCUGUGGAGGCAAGAGCAUAGCCCUCAUAGCUAAUAGCCCCUUUUCCAGUACAUUUCCCAGGGCCUCUUCUCCUUUUUCUUCCUCCUGAUAAGUUCCAGAUGCAGCCACUCACGCCUCCAAAUUAAAUCCUUCACACUUGCCAGGCACGCCAGCCUUCUCUCCUGUCUUUGCCUCUCUGCCAAUCCUGGUGGCUGCUCCCUCCCUGUGCCCAAGGUGUCAGAAUUUCACUAAGCAGCACUGCUGUCCUUGUAAACAGAUUUGUACUGGCGGUGUUCUUCCACAAAAGCUCUCUCAGGGUGCUGUGUUUUGCAAGCUGUCAAGGGGGAAAAGGCACAUGAGGAACCGCGUGUGCCCGGUCCUUACAAUCACAGAAAGAAAGUGGGUCCCAAAAAUAUACAUCUCAAGUGUCAAAACCAGGGUAGAGAGCCUUCUUUCAACAAUUUGGUGCCCUAUUUUGGACUGCAAGUCCCACCAGCUCCGGAAAGCAUGAGGUUGGGGAAGGCUGCCAGGCAAUGCCCCGUUGUUGCCAUCUGACCAGAAAAUGAAGCCUGGCCUGCUCUUCUGCUUUUAGCAGCAGCAACAACAACAGCCUGGUCUGUAGAAAUCUGCCAAAUAAAUUUCUCACCACGGGAUUGCAUGUGAAUGUCUGCACAGGAGCAGAAGAGGUUUUAAAAGCCAGCAAAGUGGGGGAUAAGCAAGGAUGCCAACUUGCAAGGGUUCCUGUGCCUUUGAGUUAAAUUUGGCCUAUGAGGUUUUCACACAAGACUCCAUGGGAUAGCUCAGUUGGUAGAGCAUGAGACUCUUAAUCUCAGGGUUACGGAUUCAAGCUCCAUGCUGGGCAGAAGAAUCCUGCAUUGUGGGGGGUUGGACUAGAUGACCCUUGGGGUCCUUUCCAACGCUACAAUUCUAUGAUUCCAUUAAAAAAUGGCUUUUGGCUCUUGAAUUUCUGUGUAGCAUUUAACUGUCAAGAAGCACGGUUCUUGCCAAAAACAAAAACUGGCAACCCACAAGUCUAAAACGCUGAGUAUUUCCAUUGCUCUUAAAUUGAGGGCUUUGCUUCUACUUCUUAAAACAAAAAGAAAAAAAUUGAAUACUUGCAAUUUUAAACAACUAUACCUAUUAAAUAUAUAUUGGGGGUAUGUACAAGGGAUGCACCCCAAGAUGUCUAGCCCCAAAUUUUGAUGGAGUUCCACCUUUACUGACAGAGGCUGGCUGCUUCUGAAUGACAGUUGCUUGUACUCAGAAAUGGGGAGAGGGCUGUUGCCCUCAGGUCCUGCUUAGGGGCUCCCCAUUGUGGCAUCUGGUUGGCACUGUGGAAACAGGAUGCUGGAGAGGUGGGCCACCACUGGCCUGAUUCAGCAACCCGGCUCUUACUCUGUUCUUUUGCUAACCUCAGCCAAAGAGCCUAGGUCUACUGUGGAUUUCACUACCUUUCCAUCAGAGGAAGUGAUGGCCACCAACUUGGAUGCCUUGUUGACAGAUUCAUUGAAAACCAGUGGCUACCAGCCAUGAAGGCUAAAUGUCCUAGCUUCACUCUGGGAGAUGCUUACUGAACUCAGUUCCUCUUUGUGGGCUUCCCAUGGGGAUCGGCUUGGCCCUGAUCCUGCGGGGCUUUUCUUAGGUUCUUAUAACGCAGCUUCCCCUCCAAUGUGGUAUUGCGCAAAGCUGCACCGACGGAGCACCAAAACGCCACCGGUUGGAUUUCUUCCUGAGAUGCAACUAUCGUGACCGCGAGGCUGGCAAACCCCAUCCCAGGAGGAAGUGGAAAGUCAGUGAGUCCCUCCUGGCUGCCAAGAGACCCUCCUCGCUUUACAUUUUUUCUCACCCUUGGCCACAAAGCCGAAGUAUUUCCUCCUCCUCCUCCGACGCUCCAGGCUCUUCCCAGCCGCCCACCCGCUCCAGGAAGGGGGCGGCCCAGGAGAGCGAGGUGCGACGCCGGAUUCUCUCCCCUAGGGGUCGUCGUCGGAGGCGGCUACCCAAGAGGACUGGGCUGGACGGCGGCCGGCUUCCGAAAAGGGCUGUGCAAAAGCGGCGCUCUCAAAGGUGCAGGAGCGUAUCGCUCUCCCCUCUCCCCGUUCCUCCUACGGCAGCGGGCAGCUCUCUGGGCCCGCAGCCCCAGACACGUGCGGCGGCUGCGAGGGAGGAUCGCCGGGGAGGAAGGGGAACUGGUUGGUCGUGAAGAAGCCGGCUCAGCUGGGCGACCCGCGUCCGGGUGAGCGGGGAAUGGGUGGGUGUGGAAGAUUGGGCACUGGGACGAUUCAGGAAACCCCAGGAAGGGAUUUGCUCCCAGGACAUCGUUCCUUUUCAUUUGUGGUGGCGGGGCUGCGUUCCAGGGAGGCAACGCAAAGCGGGUCCCCUAGACAGAGCGGGGACGGAUUGCGCAAGGGAAGACGCGAGAAUUUGGAGAGGGCACGGGUGCGCACGGGGUGGGGGGGACCUGGUGGAAGGUGGAAAAAGGUUGACUGGAUGUGGGGCUGGGGAAUCCCGGGCUGGUGAAAAAGCAACCAAGAAAAAGAGCUGGGAUUGCCGAGGGGACGGGAGGAGGGAGGGCGAGAAGAGCGAUUCUUGGAAAGGCUGCCUUCCCAGAAGCGCUCUUGGGAGGAAGCCUAGAGGGCGCGCACCGGCGAGGCGAGCGCGGGAGGAAAGCGAGGAGGGGCUGCGGCGGGGGGAGAUCGGCCAGGAGCCGGGCCGAGGAGGAAAAUCGCCCGCGGAGGAGAAACGAGGAGGGCUUCCCGGCCCUUCCCCAUCAAACUCCCGCCGUCUGGGCAACCCCGGGGUAGGUGGCGAAGCACGUGGCCGCGCGGGGUCUUUGCCGGGCGCCCCUUCGCCUCCUCUCGGUGAGAGUCUUUGCCUCCUCCGGGUGUUCCCCGCGUGGCCAUCCGACCCCCUGCGAGAGGCGAGGCGCGCCCAGGCUGCCUGCCUGCGGGGCCCGUGGAAACACCGAGGCGUGGCGGCGGCGGCGCCACCUCCGGCUCCCUCUCCCUCUCUUUUUCCUGCCUUCCACGCCCCAGUUAGCCAUUGUUUGCUGGCAGCCGUCGGGCAGGUGAGAACUGGUCCGGAGCAGGGAGGAAGGGAGGGAGAGAAGGCGGGGAGAAACAGCAGCAGCGAGGUUGAGUCCUUCCUGCGCGAAAGGAGAUGGGCUGCAAUUUCCCUUCGUCCGCAAUCUGGAAGGUUCCCACGACCACCUCGAACCCCCCUCUAUUUGAAGGGGCCAGCUGCUGGGCUCGGGGUACUAAACGCUCUUUGCGCAUGCACCAAGGCACCUCCGCCCCAUAACUUGUAUUUGCUUUAAGGUUGCGGCAGCAUCGUGAGAACCCCACUUUGAACUCCACGGGGCUUAAAGGUCGAGUGAAGAUGCAUGGGAUCAGUGGCUGCUAACAUGUUAAGGGCUGAGCCUGCAACUGAGCACGUUUUGCCUGGGCGACUCGCCCCACUUCUCAGUUGUUGACGCCCUUUUCCUACAGAAUGAGACUCUUGUGUGUGGAAUUGGGAGAGUUUUAAGGUUUGAAAGAGGUCCAUUUGCCAUCCGGCUUCACUUGACAACCUGUUGCAUGGUCAGAUUUUGCUGUGGGGCAUAUGAAGCCCUAGUGCCCUUGUACAGCAUUCCAACUAAGGACCUAGCCAGACCAUUUCUGCAGUGGGGUGGCUGUGGGUGUGUGGUUAAGAAAAGUUAUUCCUGGUGGUGAUAGGAGGCUUCACUGUCUCUCCCUUUGUGGUCGCUCCAUCCUAUACCCCUCUCUCCAUCUCCUCUAGCAGCCCUUUCCAAAUCAAGUGCUUAAUUUUGAGCCUCAGCAGAGGGGAAGUCGUUGUGCAUUUGGAUUGCAAAAAUGGGCAGCAGGGGAAGGGUUAACUGCCCCUCUUCUCUCCUCCCUCUUGAAGAGCUUUUCUUGUUUAAAAAAACAAAAAAACCACCACACGAUCUUUCUCUCUCUGCUCCUGCUAUAUUUGCCUGCAACUUGUAGCUACAGCCCCACAGUAAACAUAAACAGUCCAAUCAGAUCUGGAAUUCGGGGAUGAGGAUUUUUGAGGUCACAGAUUUGUAGCUUGGCAACUCCUGUUUUAGAAAUUCAAGAACUAGAAAUGAGAUUAUCCUCUGUGUGUGUGUGUGUGUUGUAAGGGACCGUUCUUUUAUUAAAAACAAGAGCAGUAUAAAGAGAGCCAUCUGGCUACUCAAGGGAACGGCUCAGAAUUUGCAGAUUCCUCCACUCUGUGUUUGAAUUUGGGACUUCUGGGAGGUUUCAUUCAAAGGUUCACUGCAGUGGGAUGAUUUUUGCUGUGAUCCUGGAAAACCGCCACCACCCUGCCUAGGAUUUUUUUUUUUUAAUGCUUAUGUUGCUGCUAGCCACACAAUUCAUGUAAUACAUAGUUUGACCCCAAGGCUCUUAGGCAGGUAUGCCAAUUUGAAUAAAAUAUUGUGGAGAGGAGCAGGUAAGCAGGUAAUCGAUCACAUGAUGCAGUGCAUGCGCACCAUUUGAAUAGCAAUGCCCAUCAAGUUGGGGGGGGCAGCUCCCUCAAAUAGAAGUUGGCUCCUGUGCCCUUAGGCUUAGCUAUCAGAAUCUCUUUGGAGGCUCCCUGGGGACAUAUUGUAGUAAUAAUAAUAUUAAUAGUAAUAAUUAAUUUAUUACUUAUACCCCGCCCAUCUGGCCGGGCCUCCCCAGCCACUCUGGGCAGCUUCCAACAGGCUAUUAAAAACACAACAAAAGAUCAAACAUUAAAAACUUCCCUAGACAGGGCUGCCUUCAGAUGUCUUCUAAAAGUCAGAUAGUUGUUUAUUUCCUUGACAUCUGGUGGGAGGGCAUUCCACAGGGCAGGCGCCACUCCCGAGAAGACCCUCUGCCUGUGGGAAGCAGGAUGCUAGAUUCUACAGAGCUUCAGGCUGGCAUUGAGCCCAACCCUGAACCGGGGCUCUCUGCUAUUUGUAUGUUCAGACAUGGAACUCACUGCCACAAGAUGCAGUGAUGGCUGGCAGCUGAGAUGGCUUUCAAAGUUAGGCAUAUUAAUGGAGGAGGAGGAGGCUCCAGGUCUAUGACUACGAGGCAGGAUGCUGGACUCCUAGGAUGAAUGAAUCUGUCCCAGUCUGACAUCUGCUGGGCCAUGGUGCAUUUUUUUUCUCUUGGCUGCAGCUUCCACUCCCUCUUCCCCUGUCAACCACAAGAUACUCUACAAAGGGACAAAAAAAAAAAAGGAUUGGGGCCCCCACCCACACAUGCUCACAACAUGUUGCUUUCAAAGUGCUUCCUUGCUUUCUUGCUGUGUAACCUCCUACAACAGCACCGUACAGUAGGUCGGUGUUGUUAUGUCCACACUGCAGAUGGAAAAGCUGAGGCUGAGAAAGUCAGGAUUGCCUCAAGAUGAGAUUCAGACUGGAGGGUUUUCACUGGACAGUCUCUCAGCCAAUGAACAAGAGCUCUGAUUUAUACACACCAUCGCAUUUUAGAACCGGUCCAUUAUUUGAAUGCGUUUUAUACCUGGGGACUGAUUUUCUCAAGUGCAAAAUACGUUGCACAAAAGCAGCAAUUGGUAUCCUAUGCCUAGCCUUCUAAUACAGCAUCAUAUUCCCUGGAGCGGUCCUCCAGAUAACACGGAGGAAACCAAGAAGCAGACCAACAGCCCUCUCCUGCUGUCUGCCCCACAUCCAUCAUCAGCAUUCACAGCUUCUGAAUACAGACAUUCUAUCCAUCCAGGCAGGGAAGAAGCAUAGUCUGUGUGAGGACAAAUUCUAGCCAGGCAAAAACACUCAAGAUGGGUGCAAAGCCGAGCCAGUGAGGGGUGUGGCUUGGGGAUUGUUCUGGGGGCUGAGUAAAGAGGCCCAGAGGGCUACAUUCCCCCCCCCCAGGCCUGAGUUUUCCCACCUCUGAGUUAAUAGAUCCAUCAUCUGAGAACUUUUUUAAUCCUUUCUAGGGAUGCAGGGGGCGCUGUGGGUUAAACCACAGAGCCUAGCUUGCUGAUCAGAAGGUCGGCGGUUCGAAUCCCUGUGAUGGGGUGAGCUCCCGUUGCUCGGUCCCUGCUCCUGCCAACCUAGCAGUUUGAAAGGACAUCAAAGUGCAAGUAGAUAAAUAGGUACCACUCUGGCGGGAAGGUAAACAGCGUUUUGGUGCGCUGCUCUGAUCAAGGCUUAGCCAUGCUGGCUACAUGACCUGGAAGCUGUACGCCGGCUCCCUCAGCCAAUAAAGCGAGAUGAGCGCCGCAACCCCAGAGUCGGUCAUGACUGGACCUAAUGGUCAGGGGUCCCUUUACCUUUACCUUUCCAGACUAUCUAUAGCUAGUGGCUGGGGCAACCCAGUCAGAUGGGUGGGAUACAAUGAUGAUGAUGAUGAAUUGCAUAUCCAUGCUCCAUAUUUUCAAACCUCCCCCCACCAUAAAAAUUAUUCCAGAACUGGGUGAGCUCCUCUUUGCCUCCGCCACUAAGCAAAAUUCCUGUUUGUCUUCGUCUUAACUUGGGCAGCUGGUUGUUAACCAUUAAGAAUAGAUGUAUUAUCAUCAGAAGCAUAUUGACAGCGGAUUAGCAGCCACGUUAUAAAUAAGUUGCCCUUUGGGCGAAGACCAAGUGUGGUGUCUGUUCAUUAGCGCUUGGAUUCUCUGAAGAGGCGGGAGAGAGAGAGACAUCUCCGCGAGCUUUUUAUUAUUUGCAUACUAGGCAAAUACGCACAGUGGCUCUCAAAUGAGGCCCCAUAGUCAGCAAUGCAACAAGCUUGCAGCAGAUCCCAUCUGCAAGGGAUGCUGCUGAAUAACAGAAGGGGGCAAGGAUCUCAAAACAGCCACAUCUUCCCACUGGGAAAUAGACUUCCAUUGUGGGUAGGCUUGCUCAAGGGAGCCUUUCUAUUCAGGGCAUGCGUUGUUUGGGAGAAGUGCAAUGCACCCAGCAGAGCAUUAGCAUUUCAGAAGCAUUCAGGAUUGAGCUGUGACGCAUAGCCUUGGGCAAGUCCUUGCUUUCACGACUGGUCCUACCUUUCAGGGUUGUUGUGAGAGGGAUUUGAGAGGACAGCUGGAGAAGCUGGUUUCUGAAAUAAAGCCAAGCACUUUGCACGCCCGUAACACAAAGCACCGUGCUGUGCUUGGACGGCUCGCAGCCAGGAUCGGUGACAAAUGUAAGCCAAGCACAAGGAAAGACCUGCUGGGUCAAGCCAAAGGCCUAUCUAGUCCAGUUCUCACAAGCACCAACCAGAUGCCCCAAUGGUGAAGUCUGCAAACAGGACCGAAGGGCAGCAGUGCACACCCAGGAUUUCCAGCAAGUGAUAUUCAGAGGCAUGCUGCCCCCUACAGUGGAAGGAGAACAUUCAGCUGUCAGGGUUACUAGCCAUUGAUAGCUUCCUCCACUAAUUUGUCUAGGUCUCUUUUAAAGUCUUCCAAGUUGGCGACCAUCACUGCCUCAUGUGGGAGUGAAUUUGACAGCUUAACUCUGCUGUCUGAAGAAGCCCUUCCUUUUCCCCGCCCUUGUGAUUUGCUUGCAAAUUUUAUGCAUAUCCUGUGUUGACUUCCUGAAGAAGGAAUCCUACCUAACAGGGCUGGUUUGACAUGCUGGCACCUAGAAGCAUAGAAUUGUAGAGUCGGAAAGGAGGUCAUCUAGUUCAAUCCCAUGCAAUGCAGGAAUCUCAGCUAAAACACCCCUGACAGAUGGCCAUCCAACCUCUGCCUAAAAACCUCCAAGGAAGGAGAGUCCACAACCUCCCCAGGAAGACCUUUCUACUGUCAAACAACUCUUUCAGAAAGCUUUUUCUAUAGUAGAUUGCUUGAUGGCUGGCACCUGAAAUGUGAUAGGAUGAGAGUAUUGUAUUUGUAGUCGUCCAUGUGGCUGAAGGACAGUAUAGGUUAGCACAGGCCUUGUCAAUUGGGGGCCUUCCAGCUGUUUUGAACUAGAGCUGUUAUCCCCAGCUCAGCAGCAGCUGAUGAGAAUUAUCCAAAACAUCUGAAGAGCACCAGGUUCCUGAAGGCUGGGAGAGUGUGCCGGAUGAGACCUGGCAGGACCAUGGUACAAGUUUUCCUAGCCUAGAGGUGGCUCAGGGGGUAGGUGGUGCCAACAACAUCUUCAGACCCAGAAUCAGAUCCCCGUUUUGUUUUAUUUUGAAUCGGAGAUGGAAAGCCUGUGGCUCUCCAGAUGUUGGAGGCCUCCAUCUCCCAUCAGGCAUCAUGACCAACAGUCAGCAAAGAUGGGAGCUGUAGUCCAGCAGCACCUGGAGAUCCAAGGGUUGCCCCCAUCUCUGCUCUAAAGCAACUUGUGUUCAUGAUCAGUCAGGGUCGCUCAGUUGGUCAGAGUGUGGUGCUGAUAAUGCCAAGGUUGCAGGUUCGAUCCCCGUAUGGGAGAACUGCAUAUUUCUGAAUUGCAGGGAGUAGGACUAGAUGAUCCUCGGGGAAUCUCCCAAAACUAUGAUUCUGUAUGCUUUAAACUUGAUCAGAGCAGCAAUUUUUGCCUAAUCAUCAUCAUCUCUUUCCAUGCCUCUUCUGGCUGCCCCAGGUGCUGUUAGUGCCCUGUUUGGGAACAAACCUUGAACACUAGAACUUCUUUCGGUGGUGUGGCAAAGAGUUAUCAGGACCCUGGAUAGUUCCCAGUGGGCCCUUCUAGCUGAGCUUGAGAAGAUGUUGUCUCAGCAAUGACUUGAGAGUCACUUAAAGCCUUGGAAAGGCUGACAGGACUUGAUCUGCCAGCAACUCCUUCCUCUGCAAGGGCUGCUCUGCAAUAUGUAAAGGGGCCAGUAGCCUUUUCGGUCAUCACGUGGCUUCUGUGUGGUUGUGGGGCACAUGGGCCUGCAGAGGAAUCACUUUCAGAGGGUGAUGGAAGAGCCAGCUCCUCAGGCCGUGGCAGCAUAGAGGAGGGUACGAGGACUCCUCCAGGAGUGUAUCAUCUGAAUCAAAGCUCCUCAGACCCACAUUGGGACCCCAAGGCAGGGGACAUGGCAGAUAGCCUAACUGGCUUGCAGAGGGGAGAAUGUAGGCACCUGCAACAUGCUUCGAUUUCUAAAGGGAAAAUUAAAAUCCAUGGAAAUCCUAUGGUGGAUCACCUGUGUCACAUAUAUUGUGGUACUUAUGUGGGGGUGGAGGCUUUCGUAAGUCCAGCAUCUUCUUAUCACAGUGGCCCGCCAGGUGCCCCACUGAGCAUCUUUGGAAUAAUACUAGUCAGGGACUCCAGCACAUUGCAUUGGGGCAGAGCUCGUGGUGAAAAGUGGCUGGGGCUAUGGUGCCCGAUGGCAGCCAGCUUUGCCCCCCACGAGGAGACUUCUUCCCCAAAGAGGUGGCUAAUUUGUUGUCUAAACAGGUGGCCAAGACUUGUGUGCUGCUUGGAAGCUGCAAGAUCUGCAUUGUAAUCAUUUUUUGAGGGGAUAAAGGCACUCUGCACAUGAUCAGAGGGCUAUCCUUCUUACUUCCCGCCUCACAAGAGCAGCCUGAACCCUGGCAUUAAAAAGAGAAUGUGGGGCACGAAUUAUAACCCUGGGCAUGGCAGAGUGGGCUGCGGUUAUGGCUAGUACCAAUAUACAUUGGAGUCUUGCUGUUUUUCUCCCCUGCAUACCCGUUACGCCUGACCUUUUGAGUAAGCUUGCUGACUGGGUGAGGUUUUUUAAACACUACAUAUCCUAAAAUAACAUGAGAAGAUUUGGGGUGGUUGGGUAGUGGGAUGGUUCCAGCAGCGAAGGAGCACUGAUGCGACCUAACCCCUCCACCUCCUACCUCCUCCUUACUUCCCAUGGUCUGGCUUCUACAGCUCUUUUGGCUGAGGAGACUGGUGACCUCACAACAGCUACCAUGACAACCGAUUAUGAAGUCACAGGUAGAGCUGUGCCUGUAGCAAAGGGGGGAGAGAUAUAAAGAAGUAGAGCUUUGGAUCUGAGCGAAGGAGGGAGCCGAUUGCUUCUCAAGACUGCCCAGCCAAGCAAAUUCCCAGAGGCGGUGCUUUACUCCACUCUAACACGUCUCUUCUCGGCUGCAGGAUGCAUCCUUCUCCAAGGGAUCCUCAGGGGCCACUUGGCUGGUGA